AUGCCAGCAAUAAUGGAGCCGACCGAUCUGCCUGUUUGUUUGCUGAUCGGAAUCAGGUUUUUCGCCCUUGCUCGUCCACUAAAUUUGCUGACACAGAAUUGUACAAACGCCUGUCUGACCGCGACACGCACUCUCACUUUCUUGGAUGAACUGGAAUUGGAAGAUCUGCUGAAGCGGGAUUAUGUGCUCGUCACUUUUGGCAGUCUGGCCCGGGUCUCCUACAUGACUCGAAAACAUUUCCACGAAAUGGUCUCUGCAUUCGAAGUACUCCCCUAUCCAGUGAUCUGGCAGGCCGAUUUUACAUCAAUACAAAAAUUCGAGGGAAUCAAGAUCCCUCAAAAUGUACGUUUUGCUGAAUGGCUUCCGGUAAAGCGGAUGCUAGGGACGAGCACGCUGAAAUUUAUCAUAUCGCAUGGUGGUGUGAAUACACUUAACGAAAUGUUACAAAUGGGGGUGACUGGAAUAUUAAUGCCAUUGCAGGGCGACCAGGGUAGUAAUGCGCGACGACUGCAUGAUCUGGGUGUUGUUGAAUACGUGAAACCGCACCAUAUCAAAAGAGACGUAUUUGCAAGCCAACUCAGCAACUUUGUUUUGAAGCUUGAGAGGAUGCAAGCCCGGGCAGCGAAAGUAUCCGAUAUGUUACACAAUCACGGGCGACUAAUGCAGAAUAGCCAGUCAUUUUGGUUCCAGUGGGCUUUGAGGCACGGCUCAAAAGAUGGUGUGAAAAAAUUAAUGGGGGUCGGCCAGCUGCACGACUGGACCCCCUUUUCGCAACAUUCAGUGGUGCCUGUCUUUUCGGGGGUCUUUUUGCUGGCGCUUCGUUGCACUAUGCCGCCGCUGGCCAAACGAGGAAAGAAGGCUCACGUGGUAGGUGUUACAAAUCCCCUCACAUACGAAGAUGCAAUCGAUCCCCUCAUGGCAGCCCUCAGCCAAAUCGCAGCGAAAGAAAAGCUGAUCCCACCGCUACUGGAGAAUUUCUCUAACAGCAUGUACUUUCGGGCUAUGUUUGAUGUUUUAUGCGAUCGGAAGAAUGAGAACGCCCUUCAAGCGCAUGUAUUUCAUUUUAUGAAAGAGGAGGAGACGGAUAGUCAGGUCGAUUUGAUGUUGGAGCGAUACUUCUCCCAAGCCGAACAUGGUGGACCGUGUGAUGCUGAAGAUGAAACUUCAAGGCCUGCUCACCUCGAUAUCGAAGAAGACUACAAAUUCCAAAUGGCUGCCCUCAAAAGCACCUUCGAAGGCUCGAAAUCCGAGCUCCAAGAGGAGUGUGACAAGCUGAAGAAGAAGGUUGCCGAUACGCUGGAACUGCAGAAGGCGUUUAGGCCUGUUACGGAAGAGGACAAGCGGAAGGCUAUGGACGCCAUUGAAGAUCGGUUCCAAAAGGCCGAAAAUCAAGUGAAGCAAGUUACUUGUAACCAGGCACUCAUCUUAAGCAAUUCGUGUUUGGAUGCCAGGAGGAAGCGCAGAAAUUUUUCUAAAGAAGCGAUCGCCAUUCUGCAAGACUUUUUCGUCACUCAUGUCAACCAUCCGUAUCCGACCGAUGAGGAAAAAGCGGAUUUGGCCAAGAAGUGUAAUAUAACUGUCCAGCAGGUAUCGAAUUGGUUUGGUAAUCGUCGAAUCAGACAGAAGAAAGUGAUGCCGGCGCAAAUGAAGCAUUAUGCAAAUAUGUUGCAGGUUCCCUACGUUAUUGGUCAACAAGGUGGUGUACCGAAAAUUGAGGCGACUUUCCUUCAGCUACAACAACCUUCAAGCUCACAACUUCCGGGUCUACAACCAUUCCUUCAUGAUCCUCAGAACAAUCCCGAUACUACCCAUCAGCUCUCAUGUGUCUACGGUACCUCCAUGGCGAAUUUGUAUCCA